AGUGGGUGUUGCUCCCGUGAGGCUGUGCGGCACCGUGACCCCUGACCUCCCUCUCUGGCCGCUGCUCCGUGAGACAAGGCGCAGAAUGGCUCCCCGAAAAGGAAAGGAGAAGAAGGAAGAGCAGGUCAUCAGUUUGGGACCACAGGUGGCUGAGGGGGAGAAUGUAUUCGGAGUUUGCCACAUCUUUGCUUCCUUCAACGACACCUUUGUCCAUGUAACGGACCUGUCUGGCAAGGAGACCAUCUGCCGCGUCACGGGUGGAAUGAAGGUGAAGGCCGACAGGGACGAGUCCUCCCCGUACGCUGCCAUGCUGGCUGCUCAGGAUGUGUCUCAGAGGUGCAAGGAGCUGGGCAUCACUGCUCUACACAUCAAGCUGCGAGCCACUGGUGGCAACAGGACCAAAACCCCUGGACCGGGUGCACAGUCAGCCCUAAGAGCCCUAGCUCGAUCCGGGAUGAAAAUCGGGCGUAUUGAGGAUGUCACCCCAAUCCCCUCGGACAGCACUCGCAGGAAGGGAGGUCGCCGUGGUCGCCGCUUGUAGAAAUUCUACGUCCCUCACAGUAUAAUUAAUAAACAUUUCUGUUAAUAA